CCUCGAGGACCUCUACCUGCACGACCCCUCGGCAGUGGACGGCGAGCUCGUCGAGGCGUUCGUGGCGCCCGGGCGGACGCCGGGCUCGGUGGAGGUGCUCAGGCAGAUCUACACCGGGCCGCCGGGCCGCACCCCCAUGGAGGUGUUCGAGAAGCCAUGCUUCGACACUCUGCCGCUGAAGGUGAUCUGGGGCGAGAAGGACAACCUCACUCCGAUCGACGGCGACGUCGGCUCAUUCCUCCUGGACCUCUCCCGGAAGAGGGCCGACGUGGACUUCGAGGUCAUAUCUGCAGGACACAUCCCCCACGACGACAACCCCGACGCGGUGAACAGCUCGAUGCUGGGGUGGCUUCGCGCGGAGCCGUGGCUCGCAGAUGCCUGAAGUUCUCUUUCGCAGCACGGCGCCUACCAGGUAGGGAGCCGCAUUCGGUUUCAAGAUCCUCUCGCUUCGCGGGGUGCACGUUUGGACCACGUAAUGGCAGUCCAGUCGCUGUGGGAACUCCUUUAAUGUUUAUGGCGUUUGUUCUUCUUCUAAAGAUAGGGGACAUAACAGCGAGGGCACUCAAUAGACACUGGCGUGACAGCUGUCCAGCAGCACCUUCGCAGCCUGGUUUGCAGCGGCGCAGGCGCAGUAGCGGCCGUACCGUCAUCGAUUCACGAUGCUUUGGCCUGUGGGGAGGAGAGUAUCCUUCCUGCAAGGCUUCCAAAGGUCUUGGUUUGUCAAGCGGUAGAGCACGGACUGCGCAAAAAAUAUUAUCAGUCAUUCUAGACGCUUCGCGUAAC